AUGUCGUGGCUUCGACAGCUCUGUCUGCCCAUCCGCGCCCGCAAUCCACUGGUCCACCAAAAAGACACUGGCGCUUGUUCGGAUGAUGGAGCGAGCUUGCCUCCGCCUCGCGCGUGUCGCGUACCUGCUUCACAGCGACAGAGCACUCGACCGGGGACUGACUUGACAUCUCCCAAGAAGAAGACUCACAUUCUCGAUCUACCUAUGGAGCUUCUGGAGCUCGUCGUCGAAGCCGCCGAUGUGCACUUGGACGUGCUCAACAUCCGUCUUACAUGCAAGGCUUUUCAAGCGGCAGCGUCCAGAGCAUUCAACAGAGAGUACAUUGAGUCGCUCACCUGCUUCAUCCUCAAUCCAUCACGCCUUUUGCGCAUCAAAAACAUGACCUCGACUCCUCACUUGGCUGAACACAUCAGAAGCCUGAGACUCACUUUCGCUUCCUUCGAGGGUCGAAGAGCGGGCGAGGUUUCCAUAGCUCCGUAUAAGGAUGAGACGAUAGAAGAAGCACAGGCAGUCUACACCUACGGCCGUCUUCAGGAGGAUGUCAAGCACCACAAGGGCGUCUGUGCACGAACACAGUCGAUCAACCUUGAUCUCAUCGAGUCAAUCCUGGAGAACCUCGAGAAAACCCCCCAAGCUUUCCGGCUUUGGCUUGACUGCGGCGAUACGCUAGUUGAUGGAAUACAGCAUCACAGUCUGACAUUACCAGCAAGCUGUCUGCGGCUUGUACAACAGCACCGCCUGCCAUUGACGACACUUGCUUUGACGGACAGAUGUGAGGUCAGCCUCGACGCGCUAGAUUACCACCCAGCUGCAACAUCUGACUUUGCCGCCCGCUUCUUCCAUUACGACAGCGACGUGAAGACCCUUGAGGACAUCACCUCGCCGAAGGCACUGGAACACCUGACCGCUGUGCAAGCUAUCAUCGCCAAGGCUCGUCCCGUGGGUUUGGAGAUUUCACUAUCAGCACAGUUGUCCCUGUGGAGAGAGAAAGCCUUGAUGGAUCUACCAACCAUGCUGAUGCCCUCUUCAGCGACUGGAACGCUCAAAUACAUCUCUCUCAGGCACCUUCACAUCACCCUGGAACAUAUUUUGGGCAUACUGACAAGUUGCUCUGGGACACUGAUUCACAUUGACAUCGACAAUGUCGUCGUGCUGCACGAUCAGAACCCGUGGGUGUACAUCUGGCGGAAGCUGAAUGCGUUUUCAGCACUUGAGAUGGUGUCAUUUGAGCGUCUUUGGCCUGCACGGUCCAGUGAAGACCUCGACGACAUGGAGUCGUUCAUCAUUAGCCGGCAGCAAGGAGGAGGAGACGACAUCUGGAGUGAUCGCUACAGCACAUCGACUAAGGGUUUAUUCGAUGCCAAGGACUUCUUGCAGUGGAAUGUACCGACGGAUGGCAUGGAGCAUUGGUAA